UCCGUCAUCCGCCAUUAGUCCCGUCUCCCAGUUGCUCAUUGUCAUUCAUCACUAACAAAACAAGCAAAAAAGCAGCAAAAAUAAAAAAUGCCGAACAUAAAAUUGCGCUCCUCCGACGGGGAAACCUUCGAGGUGGACGUGGAGAUCGCCAAAUGUUCGGUGACCAUAAAGACCAUGCUGGAGGACCUCGGGAUGGACGAAGAAGAGGAGGAGGUCGUCCCGUUGCCCAACGUGAAUUCCGCGAUUUUGAAAAAAGUGAUCCAGUGGUCGACCUACCACAAAGACGACCCACCGCCGCCCGAAGACGACGAAAACAAGGAGAAGCGCACCGACGACAUCUCCUCCUGGGACGCCGAUUUCCUGAAGGUUGAUCAGGGGACUCUGUUCGAGCUGAUUUUGGCAGCGAACUACUUGGAUAUCAAGGGAUUGCUCGACGUGACGUGCAAGACGGUAGCUAACAUGAUCAAGGGGAAGGCUCCAGAGGAGAUCCGUAAGACUUUUAACAUCAAGAAUGACUUCACUGCGUCCGAAGAGGAGCAAGUGCGCAAGGAGAACGAGUGGUGUGAGGAGAAGUAAACUCAUGGCAAGUCGCUUUUUUAUUUUGCCAUGUUGCUCACAGUGUAUUUAUUUUGUUUGAAGUUGGAUUUUUGAGAGAAAGGUGUACUAAAUUUGGUAAUCUCUGUCUUUUUACUGUAAUACUCUGUACUUUUUAAACAAACGCCUUUUCUCGUUU